UGACUUGUGUGUGUCAGUGUCGUCUGGUGUAACGUAAACUAGCAGGCUAGCUAGCUAACGUUAUGUAGUGUGGAUACAUUAUUGCAAUAGUAUAUACGGUUGGAUAAUUCAGUUUGUACAUUUUGCAUUCUAAUAAGAAGUUCCCACCAGUUGUGAUGAAUGCUAUAUUUUGAACUUCGCGUGGCAUUUGACGGAGAUGGCGUCCUGUUCUCUGAUGAGUCCGAGAUUGUUUAUGCGAAGGACGGGCUGGAACCCUUCUUAAAAAAUGAGAAGGAUAAAGAGGACAUCGCUAUGGAAAAGGGUCCCCUGAAGUGCUUCCUGGAGGCUCUCAGUGACCUGCAGAAAAAGCUUCCUAGCAAGAGUUGGUCUAAAGUGCAGACCUACCUGGUGACAUCCCGCAACCCGCUCAUUAGUGGCACCAGGGCUCUGAAGACCCUGACCACUUGGCAGGUGGACAUCAGCCAGGCUUUAUUCGUGUCCAGGGCCCCAAAGGCGUCACUCUUGGCCACGAUCCGCCCGCACAUCUUCUUUGAUGACAAGAAGAAGUACAUUGAUAAGGCGCGGGAGCUGGGGGUCAUCUCUGCCCACGUGCCUUAUGGGAUAGGAUAUGCGACCGACAAGGGUGCCUGCAAGAAGUGAUAAACCAUGGGAACCAUGGGAAAGUUAGAAUGAGAAACUGAUGUAUUAUUCAUAUUUUUAUUUUGAUCUCAGUUCACUCAUGAUAUAUAUAUAGUCAAUGGUUUGUUUAAAGUGUGCGGAACAAGGAAUGUUUUAAUUGUAUUAAUUCAUGGAAGCCUGUAAUGCUACAUUAAAAUAUAAACCUUUAAAAACAUUGUUGUCAAAUUUGACCUUUCAGAAUGAGUCCAAUUCUUCAGAAUGGACAAUGUUGUCUGUAUUGUAUUUAUGCUCCAAUAUGCACGCCAUACAUUAGGCCCUCAUAUUGGAUAUUGCAAUGAAGACACAAAUAAAUGGCCAGAAAACAUAAUAUGUGACCCAUUCUAACAUAAUCAGUCAUAAUCAAUGUUUAUGUUUUUAGCUGCUUUAGGCUUUCAUCUUCAUUUUGUCUAACAAUAUCUUGACUUUCAUAAUCUUCAUGCCAAAUUCAGUAAAAAUAAAUAUUUUUUAUGAUUCAAAUGUCAUGAUUUUGUCAUGAUAGAUGCAUACAUUAUGUUUAGUUUAUUAUCUAAUUUCAUCUAGUGUAUACUUACCUGAUAGUUUGUUUUUCUUGAUGACAGACCAUCUAUCAUGACAAAAUCAUGACAUUUGAAUCAUUCAAAGGAGAAGAGCCAGACUGGUUGAAGCUUACAGGAAGGGGACAGGAAUGUCAACAACCACACAUUACAACAGUGGUAUGCAGAAGAGCAUCUCUGAACAUACAUCAAAUGGGGUCUGUAUGGACUCAAAUGUUGUUAAUCGCAUAGUUGUAGAUGGCUAUGUUUUUCGUAAGGUACAAUACAA